UCCAGCUAUUACUAAAAUUUGAGUCCAGUUGUUCUCGAUAGUAAUAUUUUCUUAGCAUGCAACAUGUGAUCUCCCCGAUGUAAAUAACGAGCUCAAUGCGCUUUCCAUGGCUCAUCCGUUGUCAGUCAAGCUCGAGAUAUGGACAGCGCGCCCCCCAAUCAGUACGAGCAACAGCUGUACAGUGCAUUCAAAACCUUCGACGUAGCCGACGAGGACGCGCUGGACCGGCGCGCCGCGCUGCAGCUGUGUGACUCGUUGCAGCUCGAGGACCGCGGCGCUGCGCUCGUAGACUCGCUGUUCCGCAGCCGCGAGCGCGCCACCUUCGCGCAGUUCCGUUCCGGCCUGCUGGCCGCGCUGGACGCGCCCGCCAGCGACGACGACUCGUCAGGCCGCGAGGUGGCCCCAAAGUUCGUGUUCGGCGCCAAGAAGUACGGACGCCGCUCGCGCCCACCGCGCGCCGCCACCGUCGCCACCCGUCCCCGCGGCGCCUCCGAGUCGCGCCUGGACGCCGUGCGCGCGCGCCAGCGCCUGCACUGCAAGCGCAGCGCCUCCGCCAUGGAGAGCCGCGACGACGCGCCGCGUCUGCAGCACGACCGCCCCGUGGACCGCGCGCGCGCGCUCGAGUUGUGCCGCGGCCUGCGCAUGGGCGGCGUCGACCGACAGCUCGUCGACCGCGUCUUCGACAGCGCAGCCGAGGAGAUUUCGGUCGGCGAGUUUUUCGACCGGCUCAACGCAUCGCUGGCGGACUCGCUCGCUUCGCCGGACGCGGAGCCGGCGGACGCGGCCGACGCGCUGGGCGGCGACGCGGUGGCCGAGGCGUGGGAGCGCGCCGGCGUGCCGCGGCCGCGCCGCCUGCUGGCCGAGCUGGGCUUCGCGGGCGCGGCGCUGCGGCCGCAGGAGCUGGAGCGCGCGCUGGACGCCGAGCUGCGCGCGCUGGGCGGCGCCGACGCGCCCGACGCGCGCGCUCUGCUGCUGCUGGCUGCGGCCGCGCUGGCGCGCCUACGCCUGGACGCGGCGACGCGCCAGCUGGGCGGCGCGCGCGCCGAGCGGGACAAGCUGCGCGACGACCUGGCCGAGGCCAACCGGCGCGCGCGCGAGCUGGCGCAGGACGUGGACGACAACCACGCGCGCAUCGAGGCCGAGUUGCAGGCCGGCCUGCGCCAGCUGGAGGCGCGCCACGCGGACGCCGCUCGCGCGGCCGCCCUCGACGCAGCGGCCGAGCGCGAGCGCACCGCGGCGCUGCGGCGAACGCUCGCUGAGGAGACGGCGCGCCGCGCGGACGCGGAGGCGCGCUUGCGGUCGGAGACUGCCGCGCUGCAGGAUCAAGUGCGGGAGCUGCAGGAGCGGGCCAAGCGGCAGGAGGGCAGCGCGGCGGCGGAGCGGCGGGCGGCGGCGCGCGCGGCCGACGACGCGGCGGCGGCGGCGCGGCGCGAGGCGGCGGCGGCGGAGAGCGCGCGCGCGGACGCGGCGGCGGCCAGCGCGCGCGCCGACGAGCUGCGCGCCGAGCGACAGCGCCUGCGCGACCGCCACGACGAGCUGGAGGCCGCGCUGGAGGCCGCGCUGCAGGCCAGUGCGCGCCGCGCCGCGUGCGCCGGACGCGCCGAGGCCGCGCGCGCCACCGAGACUCCCGAAUCGUCAUUACUUGCAAUAGAAAGGAAGCUGUAUUUGAGUGAAGUUGUGGAAAAACUGCAAGCAAUAAUCCCUAAUGAAAGCCUACCGCUGCAAAAUGAAAAUGACUGUCCCCAAUGCGCCGUAAUGCGACAGACCAUAGCCACGUUCAGAAAAGCCGUACACGACCUGAAUGCCGACGAAGACUCCCCGGCUGGCGGGGGCGCUGCGCGGGAGGCGGGCGCGCAGGCGCAGUGGGACGCGGAGGUCGAGGUCCUGAGGAAGCAGCUGGCGGAUGUGAAGCAGAAACACGAGAGUGAUAAGCAGGACAUGUCUGCGGUGAUCAAGGAGCUGGAGUCUAGCCUCGAGCAGAUGAAGGCCGAGUACGAUCGCUGCGAGGAGUACUGGUCCUGCAAGCUGGACGACGAGCGAGAGAUAUUUGCGGAGGACCAGCGUGCCGGGGACGAGCGGCUGUCGGAGCUGGUGUCGAAGAUCGCGGAGUACGAGCGCCAGUUCGCGCGGCCGGGCGCGCUGCCCACCAUCGCCGAGAGCGCCGCGCUGGAGCAGCAGGUGGCCGCGCUGGAGCUGGAGGCCCGCCAGCGCGCGGCCGCGGCCGACGAGCAGCUGGCCGCGCGGGCGGAGCAGGUGCAGCGGCUGCAGCUGCAGCUGGAGCGGCUGGAGCGGCGCGCGCCCGAGCCCGGCGCCGCGCACGCGCAGAGCCCGUGCGGGCGCGUGUCGCAGGCGUGCGGGUGCGGCGGGCGCGAGGCGGGCGCGCUGCGGGCCCGCGCCGCGCGCGCCGAGCGCGCCGCUCAGCGCCUGCACGCGCGCCUCGCCGCCGCGGACCUGCUCGUCAAGGACCUGUACAUCGAGAACUGCCGCCUGGCGCACCUGCCGCACCUGCCGUGACGGCGGCACCGGCUUACAAACGUUUUAACGAGCGCUUCUUGAAACCUUCGCGACACAAUUGCUCUCGUGUAGGUUAAGCGCUUUCCAUUUUUGUAACAAUAACAACGCCUGGAAAAUCGGAAUCGAAUCCAACUGUAUGUGAAAUUUAUUUACUUUAAUAAAUUUUUACAUCUAUUUUUUUAAGUGGUACGGACGGACAGACGAACCGACGGCACGCAUUAAACGGUCGCGGCCGCACGGGCUCGCCAUCCGUACGCUCCGUACCACCGACGCGGGGCGCCCCCGCCUCACCGGCGCUCGCCACGUCGCGACGCAAGAAAAAACUUUACGGGAUAUUUUAGCACUUUUACAGUAGACUCUGAAAAUGUAAACCGCCGUGUUGUGAGAUGGCGCGUAAUUCAGGGGCCAACAAGAUUGGACAUUAUUGUAAGUUUGAGUAUAAUAAGUCACAAGUUUGUAAGCUCCCAAACUUUGUUAUAAAGCGACGCGUUCGACUGGCGCUGCGCAAUUAAUUCCACCGCCUUGUACACAACAAAGGGACACACAUAGUGGUAUCAAAAUGUCUCUGGAAAAGUAGAAAAGUGAAACUAUCCGUAGCUCAUAUAUACCGAUUCUAUAAUUAAUACAAACGUGAAUAUUCUAGAAUUCAAAACUAAUUUGCUUCAGUCGUGUUUGCCGUUCGCUAGCGUGCCCGCAGCACGUGCUAGGAGCGGGUUCAGCGCUCGCGGCCGCACUCGAGCGCCCCUCUGGCUGCUGCCAUGUAGCCGCCGCUGCAACGCGCUGCCCGCACGUUCACUUAAUAAUACUGAGCGUUUGGCUCAAUCAUACAACAAAUUAUAUCGUCUUAAAUCGACGGACCCAUAGUAUUUUUCGUUAUAACGCAUUUCUAGGUCUUAUUUGGAUUAUUUUAAGUUUCGAAGCAGUUGAAUUAAUGUUAUACUUUACGAUUAUUGUUCCAAUAAACUGAAUUACCGAAACAUCGAACGCUACCGCCACCGCCGUGUCGCUCCCACUCGCAAUUUUUUUUUUAUACAUAAUUAAAAUAUCAUUCAAAAGUAAUUUAUGCCAAAUUAAAAAACUAAAUACCUAUUGUAACUCACAAUUAGCAAUAAAGCACCGUGGGAUGAGGGAAGAAAAAAAUAAACUUUAUACAGCUAAUAAAUACAAACUACUGAAGGAGAUAGUCCUUUUCGGAUCUUAAAGUAAAAUAUCGGGCCUACUCCAUAAGCAUUGUAACCAUUGCUUAGCCAACUUGGCCGUGAAAAUUAUUAGAUGCAAUCCGAAGCUUUUUUAGUUGAGCUGCAUGUAGGAAUAGUGUCCCGCUGGGGCUGUGUACGAUAUUUGAACUUUAUAAAUAUAUUGAACAGAAAUAAGACUGUGUACACAGUGCCCGUCCGUCUAUGUGACGGCGUAGUACUCGGCUGGUUGCGCAUUGCGCAGUCGAGAAUACAGAUGUCGGUGGCGGCGAAAACCUCUGCCGAAUUGGCAUUAAUUCCAAAAUAGUUGGUAGGUGGAAGUGGACGUGGUUGCGUCUCCCCUUGUUCCCAAGCGGCCCGACGCGGGCGCCGCCAGCCCGCAGAGCAGUUGAACACCUUCAGUGUGCUGCUGAGCCGCGCCGCAACGUCACGGUGCCAAGUGUGAGAUUAGCCACCUACGUUUUGUAUAGAAUGGUAGGAGCGCCAUCUAGUUACAAUACUGGGAAAUCGUAACAUCACUAGAUGGCGCUCCUACCUAACUUACACGCGAUAAGUAAACGUAGGUGGAAAACCUCACGCUUGGCACCGUACUCUGCACAAGUUCAUUGUAGAGUAGCGUAGAUAGAUCGAUAAAGUGCCUUUAUGAUAAUGAAUACGAAUCUAAUUAGUAAUGUAUAAAUGUGUAUAAUAGUGAUGUAUCUGUUGACCGUUGUUGUUGUUAUAUUAUCAGGACUGCUUCCUGACGCCGCACUUGUUAGACUUCAGCAACAAUGAUGGCGGGCGCCAGAAUCAUUUGUGCGUGUAACAACAAUGAAAUAGCACAAGUUAGGGUUCCGAAUCUCACCAAAUACUAGUUCUAAUGUUGUUUAUCUGGCUGUCCUGCUGUCUUCAGCCAUUUAAUUGCCAAACCUGUGCCGCUGACAUUUAGCGUAGUUUGUGAAAGUUGAGCGCUACCCAGGCGCGUCUUGGGAUGCGAGAGUAAUACACAGGAAACUCAAGGGUACGACGACGGAACCCUAUCUUGCGCGAGUCCUGACGCGAACUCGACCAGUUGUUGUAAGUUAAUUAUCUUUUCAAAGGUUACUGUAGCUUUUUUUAUAUUAGUAGCAUUUCUUAUAUUUUUUAAACUUUGAAUAUGUUAUAAAUAUAAGUAGAUAAAUAGUCAUUGCUUAGCGUCAGUGGAAAGUAUUACUCUGCAAAUAACGACUUUGACAUAGCCAAGCACUGUCACUCGUACCAACUUCAAUAUACGGGUUUUAAGAGCAUUGCUUUGCCAUAGUUCAAGGCAAAGUACAAGUUUCCCUGCAUUUUAUGGAAGCAUUAACAACAUGCUCAAUUGUAAGGCAACCAAAAUAAACAGAAACUGAAUGAAUAUCACUCAUUCUCUCUCGUCUCAUAUAAAACUUGAUCACAUCAUUGUAUUGUUUUAAUUAUACUUUCCAAAUCAGAAUCCAUUGUUGUCCAAUGUAUACUUAGAACUUGCUUAGUCCACAAAUUUCUGUACUAUGAAUUAGCUAAGCAUUGGCUUGGUAUUAGGUUGGCUUUCAACGAAAGUAAAUUCUUAAGUACCGUCUAUUUAUGUGAUUCUCAGCACAUACUUGGCAUAAGCCAUCACUUAGCAACGACUAUUUAUCCGGUCCUUAAAGUUAAAUGUUUAUAAAAGACACGAUACUGUAACUUGUGAUCUGAAGAUAAGAAAUUUUUUUUUAGUGGUUCAAUUAUCAUGGCAUAACUUGUUAUUGUAUAAAAGGGGUUUAUUUUUAAUGUAGGUAUUAAGUCACCUAGGCAGUUCACAAAGAUAAGUAACGCCGCUACUCAGAACGCGCUAUGGCGACGAUGGUGUAUUUGUGAAAAUGAAUUUUCUACCGCUUCUCCUUACUGAGAUCAUUAUUUAAAAAAAUUAGUCAGUGAAAUGUGUGGUGACAACUAUAUACACACAUGUGUGUAUGUGUUUCAUGUCAAGUCUUUUACUGUACGCUACACGCACUUUCAAGUACUAGUGAUGCUGUUUAUUAGUGUCAUCGUGAUCAUAGUUCAGCCCUUCCAAGUGAUCGCGGUUAUUCACAAUUCAAUGAAAAUCAUAUCGAUCGCAAAUGGAAUAUUUUCGUAAUAAUAACCAUAUGAACGUUUUUUAUUGACUUGAUUCAGUAGCAACUGAACUUGUGGUGUUAUUAUUGUAAAUGAGUGCGAGCCAAUCCGGAUGAUUUCUGUUGCCGAGUCAUCCGACCAAGUCAACGUCCUUGUAGACGCGAAGGCAAGCGUUUUAGUCAAACUAAAUCUCAGUAUGCUCAGAGACACGUCACCAACAGCUGAGAACACUGCGUGUGGAUUUGUUUGCGUUGCGUGUAGUACGUGGGCCGCGUUGUCAAUUAUGUAUACUUGCAUGAAGCGUAGAUAUUACUUUGCCUAAGUGUCUGCCUAUACGAUAGGUGUGUUGAUAGAUUUAAGUUCAAAGUGAUCUGGGGGAACUCCCAUUGUUCACGCUUUUUCUCCUAUUUUCAUACAAUUACUAAAAUGACCAAUAUCAUUUAUAUUAUAUUAUAUAUUAUAAAAUUAGGAAAGAAAUUGUACGAAAUAGAUUUCAUAUAAUGUUCAGCUGUACAGUUUGUAAUGUAAUGUUUAUAUAAGGAAGUUCAGGAUUGCUAGGAUCGCGAUCGGAGGUAAUGGUAAGCGAAAAUAAUGUUUAGUAAAAGUUAUGUUAUAUUUUUACAAUGUUUUCAACCCACUAACACUGUUCUAUCCCUAUCAAUUAAGUUUAGGUUAGAGGUUUGUAUGCAACUGCCCUCGGGGUUGAUUGUUUUCAUCAUAACGGUUUUCAAGCAUGAACUCGUUCAGAUGGAAAGCCGUUAUUUUACUGAGCAUUGUUAAAAAGUUGUAAGUCUCGGAGCGAUCAGUGAUAAAGAAUAGAGAUUUUCGUUUAAAGCAAGUGUAACGACGGUUAAGGAAAUAAUUUAUUAAACAAAUGAAUGAUUAUUGUACUGGUUUGAACGCAAAUAGUUUAAUUAUGGAAAGCUUGAAAUAAAAAGAAAUGUCUUCCUUUGUUUGACGUAACCUGUCGACGUAUCAGCAUCGGCCUCUGGCAGCAGUUUUGGCGCAGAUUCAAUGCACAAUAAUGAUUUGCAAUACCUAGUUGGUCAGGAACCUGCGCUAACGAACAGUACGAAGCCUAAACUUUUCAUUGGGAUUCAUCGUUGUCUCAUUUAAACGAAUUGUCUCGCAUCACCGACCGCUCUCGAAGUCUUUUCCUAGAUUUAAGCUGGACGGUGUUCGACGAAUUUUUUUGGAUAUACACUGUCCAUGUGCUAAAAUAAAUAAAUAUCUACAUAUUGUGUGCACCUCGUAUCCGGGUUGUGUUCCUGCGAUUUUGUGAUAGUUUUAUGUAGUGUGUAGUACGUCAGCUUCUGACACGAUCUUCCCAGUUGCUCCGCACUAGUUGACGCGGGGCGAGUGCGGUCGUCCACCACUAUAUAAAAGUUAUAAAUUUGUUUAUUCUAUGAUGCGUAGGCGCGUUUGACAUCUCUCAACUACCGGGCCACCCCACGACGACUACGCUGGCAUGCAUAAAAAAUGGGAAAGAUAUAUUUCCGUUAUUUCUGUGAGGUCGGUCUCGCGCGGCAGCCGCUGUGUGUGCGUGCAUCGUUCGUAGUACAAUAAUCAACUACGAGUACGAGCCGCCGGCGCGCCCUGCGACGAGGCUGGCCUGCGGUCAUGCGUUGCAGCAAUGUAUCACCACUAAGACUGCCGACGGUGAUUGGUGCCGCGGUCGUACACGGCGUGUGCCUUGGGUUCGGAGAUUGUAAAUUAACAAAUUAUCAUUUAAUAAUAAAAUGUUGAUUAUAA